UGUCCUCUAUCUGCAACAAAUCAUUCAGCAUAACCACGUCACAGAUAAAAUUUUGUAGAACAAAAAGAAAAAAGAUUGCAUGAAAACGAUGGAGAGAUUCUUGGUUGCGAUUGCGGUGUUGGCUAUGGCGGGAUGGUCCGAGGCGCAACUUCAGAUGAAUUUCUACGAGAGGAGCUGUCCGAAGGCAGAGAAGAUCGUGUCGGAUUACGUUCAUCAGCAUAUCUAUAACGCUCCGUCUCUUGCCGCUACCCUCAUUCGAAUGCAUUUCCACGAUUGCUUCGUUAGGGGAUGUGAUGGGUCGGUACUGAUAAACUCGACGUCUGGGAACGCGGAGAAGGAUUCGACUCCGAAUCUUACGCUCAGAGGAUUUGAUUUCAUCGAGAGAAUCAAGAGCCUUCUGGAAGCCGCGUGCCCUAAGACUGUGUCGUGUGCCGAUGUCAUUGCUUUGGCGGCAAGAGACUCCAUUGUCGCCACUGGAGGUCCAUCAUGGAGAGUUCCGACAGGAAGAAGAGACGGGAGAAUCUCGAACGCCACGGAGGCUCUGAACAACAUUCCUCCUCCGACCAGUAACUUCACCACUUUGCAACGUCUUUUCGGUAACCAAGGCCUCGAUCUCAAAGAUCUUGUCCUUCUCUCCGGGGCCCACACGAUAGGAGUAUCGCACUGUUCAUCGUUCAACAUUCGUCUCUACAACUUCACCGGACGACUCGAUCAAGACCCUUCAUUGGACAGCGAAUACGCAUCGAAUCUGAAGGCGAGAAAAUGCAGAAGCAUCAACGACAACUCCACCAUCGUCGAGAUGGAUCCGGGGAGCCGGAAGACGUUCGAUCUGGGUUAUUACAGGAACCUUCUGAAGCGGAGAGGCCUGUUCCAGUCGGAUUCUGCCCUGACGACGAACUCUGCGACCUUGAAGACGGUCAACGACUUGGUGAGUGGAUCGGUGGAGGAGUUUUACAAGGAGUUCGGGAGGUCGAUGGAAAAGAUGGGGAGGAUCAAUGUUAAGACAGGAUCUAACGGCGUCAUCAGGACGCGGUGUUCCGUCGCCGACAGCUGAGUUUGGGACGUUAACGGACUUUCUUCUAGUUCUUGUUCUUUUUGGUGUUGUUUCUGUUCUUGUUGUUUUAAUUUCUUGGGGAGCUGAUCAAUUAUUUAAGUUGUUUAUUUAUGUUUGUGCUGUAAUGGAUCUAUGUAUCCUAA